AUGAGACCUCCCAGUUUGCAGAAGGACCAGAGAGAGCAGAGGGACCAGAGGGAGCAGAGGGACCAGAGCAAGCAGAGAGAGCAGAGGGACCAGAGCGAGCAGAGAGAGCAGAGGGACCAGAGAGAACAGAGGGAGCAGAGGGACCGGAGGGACCAGAGAGAGCAGAUGGACCAGAGAGAGCAGAGGGAGCAGAGGGAGCAGAGGGAGCAGAGAGAGCAGAGGGAGCAGAGGGAGCAGAGAGAGCAGAGGGAGCAGAGAGAGCAGAGGGAGCAGAGGGAGCAGAGAGAGCAGAGAGAGCAGAUGGAGCAGAGAGAGCAGAUGGAGCAGAGGGAGCAGAGAGAGCAGAGUGACCAGAGGGAGCAGAGAGAGCAGAGAGAGCAGAGUGACCAGAGGGAGCAGAGAGAGCAGAGGGAGCAGAUGGAGCAGAGAGAGCAGAGAGAGCAGAGAGAGCAGAGUGACCAGAGGGAGCAGAGAGAGCAGAGAGAGCAGAGUGACCAGAGGGAGCAGAGAGAGCAGAGGGAGCAGAUGGAGCAGAGAGAGCAGAGAGAGCAGAGAGAGCAGAGAGGUGUGAGGCGGUCCCAUUAUGAUGUCGCACUCUGA